CUUCGUGUCCGCAAGAGGGGGGGGAGGGGAGCUUCCACUGGAUUUGGGGUUCGGAUUUUGCCACAGAAAUUACGAACCCGUCGAUGGCCUUGGAGUCAGUACCGCGGCGAAUUUCGAACUGGACGGACUGUGUUGAGUUUGAUGGUGAUCUGGAUAUUUCUUUUUGACAUUAUUUGUGUGAAAAUUACUCGAAGUUGAAGUUUCAAUUGAUUUUACGUUGAGUUUUUCGCUCGGGAGUUGUGCUGCUCGUGAAAUUGGAAAAAUCCGAAGCAUUUGGUGGAGUCUGACACUGUUACGAGAUUCAUUUGCCAAGUAAUUAGUGAACUAUUAGAAGAAGAAUUGUUGAGUCUCACAAUCUGCAGUGGUAACAACCUCCCUCAGUGUCGACCACGUUGCUAUUGUAAAGUUCUGAGAUGUUACAAGCUCAUCCAGCAGCUAUGUGAAUCAUCGGCUUUGUGCAUUGUGCCUGUACACUAUUGUGUACGAACGCUGUUAUUAGUUAAAAGGAAUAAUCUACACGAUUUGUUGUGAGCUUACACGAAAGUACAUCUAACUACCGCUAAGCUCGGUGGUGAUCUAACUAGCUAUGAGGACUUUGAGAGGUGCAGGCGUCUCAAGAUUGGACUAUGUUGUUCCAGCGGCAGUAUUACUCAUCACCCUCGCCGGAGUUCACUGUAUGGUGCCUGACCUGAGGCAGUUGGAGGAAUUACCUGAAAACUACCGUCCAAAACCCAUCUCAUCAAACCCCUCUCAACCGUAUCCAUUAGAGCCAAAGUUUCCCUACCAAAGCAAUGACACCUCGGUCAACAUCCAGCACGUGGCCGCCAGUGGCUUCUCGCCGGCCCAUCUGACGCUGGACGAGCGGAUCGAGCUGGAGAAGAACACAUGGCACUGGUAUCCGUACCAGCGCAUCAACUACAAAGUACUCGAGGAUGGCCGCAAGGUGGAACUGUUUUGCGAGGGGGGCUCCGCCAUGGACGACCUUCCGGAUGAUGUUUUCACUCAGGAGCAACGGUUGCAAGGUGCAAUAGUACUUCACUUUAUUGGCGCAAUCUACUUCUUCACAAUCCUGGCCUAUGUCGUCGGAGAAUACUUCCUGCCAGCGGUGGAAUGCAUCUGCGAGGAUUUGAAGCUGACUCAGGAUGUGGCGGCGGCCACGUUUAUGGCGAUUGCCGGAACCACGCCGGAGUUCUUCACCAACACGAUCAGCACCUUCGUGGCGGAGUCGGAAAUGGGCAUCGGAACCAUCAUGGGUUCGCUGCUGUUCAACACGCUGGGUGUGGCCGCCGUGGCCGGACUGGCAACGCGGAAGCCGGUUCAACUCGACUGGUGGCCCAUAACGCGUGACUCGAUUGUGUUCGCCAUCCACGUGGCGAUCCUGAUUGGAUUUGCCUGGGAUGGGCGCAUCCACUGGUACGAGUCGAUCGUGAUCAUGGUUCUGCUGGUCAACUACUUCGUAGUGAUGUUCCAGAACAAACGAAUCAUGAAGUUUGCCAAGAAGUACAUCGAGGUCAAGUGGAACCUGUGUGGCCGGGUUAUCCGGAGUAUCGAAGCCGAUGAACAGGCUGAGGCGGAAGAAGCCACAGCUAAGGCUGCUGAACAGGGACAGAGUCCCCAGAAGCUGCAGAUCCCGACGGUGGCACAGCGAAUUCAGCAGCGUCCCAGCAUUCGGCUGUCCACGGCAUCGAUCUUGUCCGACCAGAUGGCGGAGAAGCCAUUGAAGGUGGGCGAGUUGCAAAUUCCAUCCCGUCACGUCCUCCCCGAUCCCGACGACCAUCCGGACAUGACACUAUGGAGAAUUUCGAACGAAACCUGGCUUCGUCUGUUCUGGUGGUUCUACAGUUGGCCGAUCCGCUUCGUGUUGACCUUUACGAUUCCGAAUCCGCUCAUCAUGCGCCGCUGGUACCCGCUGACCUUCAUCAUGUGCAUAAUCUUCAUCGGGUUGACCUCGUUCCUGGUGUUCUGGAUGGUCGCCAUCAUUGGGUUCACGUUCGGCAUUCCGGACACAAUCAUGGGGCUGACCUUCCUCGCGAUGGGCGGUUGCAUGCCGGAGGCCAUCGCGGCCGUGCUGGUCAUCCGGACGGGUAACGGAGCGAUGGGAGUGUCGAACGCCCUCGGGGCCAACUCGCUCUCGAUCCUAUUUUCCCUAGGUCUACCGUGGUUCAUCCGGACGAUGGCGGACGGGGCCAGUUCGAACAACUCGUACGUCAUAAUCGCCUCGUACGGGAUGCAGUACUCGAUAGUGGCCCUCUUGUUCGCCAUCGCCGCGCUGUACAUCGCGGUGUACGUGGCCAAGUUCAAGCUGCGAAAGCGUCUCGGACUGGUGCUGUUUGCCUGCUACGGCGUCCUGGUGACGUUCAUGCUGUUGAAUGAGCUGGACAUCUUCUUCUCAUCUGGAAACAAAUGUUGAUUGAAGGCAAAAAUGUCCAAAACCGACCGUGUCGAAUAUGACUUUGUAGUUGAUUAGUUUGCUAUCUUUAUUGCUCUGUCCUAUUUAGUGAUUAGUGUUAGUAGUAGUAGCCAGUAAGAAUAAACGAUACUCGACUCUCGAAUAGAAGGUCCGAGAGAUCCUGUUACAGUUACGUAGUGUAUAGUCUGGAACCCGUUUGUGUGAUAUUUUUACAAAGAAGAAAAUGAUAUUAUGUUGGAACAAAACAUAUGAAAGAUGCAAACAACUGGUUUGUGCAUGCCUGUGUAAAAAAGAAAAUAAUUGUUAUUAGAUGCCAUUUCGUUGCUCAAUAAAAACUUGCCAUUACUUACCACUAAA